AUGUACGUGAUACUCACCUCUCACAUCUCACCACUUCUCACCUCUCACCACUUCCCACCUCUCUCCACUUCUCACUCUCAACCACUUCUUACCUCUCACCACUUCUCACCUCGUCACCACUUCUCACCUCUCUCCACUUAUCACCUCUCACCGCUUCUCACCUCUCACCGCUUCUCACCUCUCUCCACUUAUCACCUCUCACCGCUUCUCACCUCUCACCGCUUCUCACCUCUCACCCACUUCUCCCUCUCACCACUUCUCACCUCCUCUCCACUUCUCACCUCUCACCGCUUCUCACCUCUCACCACUUCUCACCUCUUACCACUUAUCACCUCUCACCGCUUCUCACCUCUCACCACUUCUCACCUCUCACCACUUCUCACCUCUCUCCACUUAUCACCUCUCACCGCUCUCACCUCUCACCGCUUCUCAACCUCUCACCGACUUCUUCACUCUCACCACUGCAUCACCUCUCCAUCCACUUCUCACCUCUCCUCCACUUCUCACCUCUCACCGCUUCUCACCUCUCACCACUUAUCACCUCUCACCACUUCUCACCUCUCACCACUUCUCACCUCUCACCACUCUCACCUUUACCUCUCACCCUUCUCACCUCUCACCGCUUCUCACCUCUCACACCACUCUUCACCUCUCUCCACUUCUCACCUCUCACCCACUCCCACCUCUCACCACCACUUCUCACCUCUCGGCACGGCCCACUCGACAGCACCACCACGUGUGGGCAUGCCCUGCAGGUGCCACUUGAUAGUCUGCUCUCUCCGAGUGUGCUGCACACUACCAGUGCUGCACUCUAACGCCCCCUUUCCCUCCCUGUUUCCUGCUCCUCCUCCCCUCCCACAGGACCUGCCACGUGUGGGGCAUGCUCUGUAG